AAAGAAAUAUAUUAGUUGAAUUAUUUUCUUCAUUCUAUAAUAAAGCUUUCCCAUUGCUGCUAUUCAUCUGAACGAUGUCGAACCAGACUCGUCCACGAACCCUUCCAUGCGCAUUAUGCACUCGAAUGUUUGCUGCCCCGGGAGAUUUGAAUCAACAUAUCAAUGCUGUACAUGGAGGAAACCAUGCCAACGAGACAAUACGGCAACAGACAUCGGACCCUAGUCCUCCCCAGCCGAUACUAAAAACGCCUAACCGAUGGGAGAACAGUAUUCAGUUUGUGCGGGAGUCAGGUACAGAUACCAAACCCGCUCCUACGGCGGAGAAGCAGAUCGCGAAGAAAGAGAAACAAAAGAAGAAACAGAAGGGAUCAGGCUAUCAAGGCCAUAGCAGCUAUCGCCAGUCGGUCCCAUAUACCAGCUGGACGAUGGACAUGGGUCAGGGUAAUAGCUGGGGGCUAUGCGACAAGGACUGUGGCUGGUGUGGGCAUUGCAUGAACUUUGUUGAUAUAUAGUGAAUAAUAAGAAUCAAGAGUUAUGGUGAUCUAUUGUGGUAUAUAAUAGGGGUAAAAUACCUCUAUUAUAGUAAAACAUUCUAUAACCCUGGGGCAAUAUGAAUGAAGAG